GAUGAAAUGUCAGUGUAAGCUGUAGUGUUUGUGUUUCGCGAGUUAUAAAUCUAUAAAUUAUUCUUUUUAUCUUCUUUCUGAGUAACAGUCGGUAAACAUAACUUAAAUUAGUAAAUUAAUCCGUUCAAAAUAGGCAAAUAAGAUAAACUUUCAUGUGUAAUAAGUGAACGAGUGUGUGAUACGAGAAAUGCUGUAACCACGCGGCGCGGCGAUGAAACACUUCUCCAAUGGCCACAUGACCUUGAACGACUAUCUGAUGAUGUACCUGGCGCGAUGGAAGCGGGUGGCUGUGGUAUUACUGGUCAUAUGGAUCGUUGUUACAUACCUCUUCAUAGCCCCUCUCAGGUGCACAGGUAACACAGACGAAGUGUCAGAGUUCCAGGAGCGGCUGAAGAGGGUCUCGUCGCAGCUGGACGUGCUGAAACAGCAACACAAUAACCUUAUAGCGCAGAUCAAGAACUCGCCAGGGUUACGCAGCAAUCUCAAAGACCUAGACCCCAGUCUCCUCCUAGACUCGGGUCAGGGCCCAACCGAAGAAUACGAGAAUCUCAGACGUCGAAUAAACUCCAACACUAAAGAGCUGUGGUACUAUAUAAGCCAUGAGCUGAACAACAUUAUGAAGAGUAGUGAGAAUAGGGAAGAGAAGUUAGUUGCUAUUAUGGAGCAGAUUAAUGAAAGACAAAGCUCCCUCCUAUCAGACCAGGAGAAACUACCAGAGCUGGACGGCUACCACGAAUGGCGGAAAACGGAGGCGGCCAACGUCAGUGACCUCAUACAGAGGAGGUUGUAUCAUCUCCAGAACCCGCCGGAUUGCAAGGAUGCGAGGAAAGUCAUCUGUAAUUUAAACAAGGGCUGCGGAUUCGGCUGUCAACUCCACCACAUAGUGUACUGCCUGAUAUUCGCGUACGCCACGGAGCGGACGCUCAUCCUCAACUCCAAGGGGUGGCGAUACAACAAUAAGGGCUGGGAGUACGUGUUCCACCCCAUAUCCGACACGUGUACCAGCUCGUACGACGACCCCGUGGUGCAGUGGUCAGUAUCCCACGACACCAAAGUGGUAUCGCUGCCGUUCAUCGACUCGAUAUCGCAGAAACCCAAGUUUCUACCUCUAGCCGUGCCUAAGGAUCUCGCUCAUAGAAUAAUCCGUUUCAACGGCGACCCGUCAUCGUGGUGGAUCGGCCAGAUACUCAAAUACAUCUUAAAGCCACGGAUGAGCAUGCAAAAAGCCAUCAAUGAGACCAUCGCUAAAAUGAACUUCAAUACUCCCAUAGUCGGAGUGCACAUAAGAAGAACAGACAAAGUCGGCACUGAAGCCGCCUUUCACCACAUUCACGAAUACAUGUCGCACGUGAAAAGUUACUACGACCAGCUCGAGCUGACGCGACACGUCGGCACCAGGCGGGUCUAUCUCGCCACUGACGACGCCAACGUCCUAGAAGACGCCCGAAAAAAAUACCCCUCGUACGAGUUCCUCGGCGACCCGACCAUCGCCAAAACUGCCGCCACACACCGCCGCUACACCCCCGUAUCGCUCACAGGGCUGCUGGUGGAUCUGCACAUGCUGGCCAUGUGUGACUACCUCGUCUGCACCUUCAGUAGUCAGGUUGGCCGCGUGGCGUACGAGAUGAUGCAAGCCAACCGUGUAGAUGCAUCGAACAGUUUCUUCUCAUUAGAUGAUAUUUAUUAUUUCGGCGGGCAAAACGCGCACGAUCGCGCCGCCAUAAUGCCGCACGAACCGAAUACCAACCAGGAAAUCGCUGUGCAGGUCGGCGAUCUGAUAGGCAUUGCCGGCAACCACUGGAACGGUUUUGGCCGGGGCACUAAUAGGAGAACCAAUUUGAACGGACUGAUCCCGUGGUACAAGACGGCAGAGCACCUAGUGCUAUAUCCCUUCCCCGAGUACAAACACGUGCCCCUGUACGACACGCGGCAGGGGGACUUAUAGGCCCCGCCAUAUAUAAUAGUUCAAUAGCCCUGUGAAAUAGACUUCG